AUGGUGGUCCUCCAGAUCGACCAAUUCUGCGAGUGCUUGCACCGAAGCUGGGACAACUAUCAAGCGGCGCAGUCCUUUGCUCAUCGCUACGUGCGGGUUAUGACCAAGUUAGUGGCCGUCACUGACCUCUGGCGGUUUGACCUCGCUGGCGAAGAUUGCGAAGAUUGCGAUGGGCAGUGCCCGGAAGAUGCCGCAACCAGAAGUCGAGGAUUCAGGGCCCACAGCAAGUCCUCGUCUGGCAGUGGGCUAUCAGGCCUGUCCCAAUUUUGGAAGAGGAAGGCCAGCCCUGUCCCGGCCAGCUUCUCCCAAGUGAAGCCUGCUCCGAUGCUGCAGUGA